UCGGCACCAAGCAGCGCCCCAGAGCUAACAAAGAUUUUCCAACCCCUGUGACAUCAGCUCAUAUAUGAAGGUGAAGGGGGGAAAACAGACAAUGUGUUUGAUUAGUGUUCACGUGAAGUAGCCUACUGUAGUAGUUUGACUUUUUUGAAGAGUUCUUCACAAACUUUGUUGCAUCAUUAGCAAGGGAAAGCAGAAAUCUACUUUCCACUAGUUCUGUCACAUACAAGCUCCUUUUGAUAACCAAACCAGACCUGAAACAAUGAAUACAUCUGUUGGAGAUGGAACUGACAACUGUAGUACCCCCAGAGACUAUCAGUUCUACUUCUUCCCAGUCGUCUACAGUCUGGUGAUGGCACUGGGCCUGCCAGGCAACGUGGGAGCCCUCUAUGUGUUCAUCUUCAAGAUAACUCCCCGCACCUCCUCUAAUGUGUUUGUCAUUAACCUGGCCCUCGCUGACACCACCUUCCUUUGCACCCUGCCCUUCAAGAUCCACUACCACCGCAACAGCAAUGACUGGGUAUUCGGAGAUGUGGCCUGCAGCAUCACAGGAACACUGUUCUUCGCCAACAUCUACAUCAGCAUCGCCUUCAUGACCUGUAUCUGUGUGGAUCGAUAUGUGGCCGUCGCCUAUCCUCACACUUAUCUGAGGCUCCGGAACUCACGUUGCACUGUACUGGUGAGUGCAGCAGUGUGGGUGGUGGCGGGGGCAGCUGUUCUGGCCUUCAUCCUAGUGGGACCUCUGGACAGCCAGCACUGUAGCUGCUUUGAAAACUUCUCCCAGAAAGAGUGGGCCAGGCGUCUGGUGCCAUACAGCAUAUUCAGUCUCGUCGUCGGCUCGCUACUGCCCUCUGUGGUCAUCCUGGUGUGUUACCCUCUGGUGGCGCGGCGCAUCGCUCUCAUCCGGACCAACACAGCCCGCGGAGCCCUGAGGGUCAUCUACACAAUCCUAGUUAUCACCCUACUCUGCUUCCUGCCCUACCACGUGGUUCACUUCCUGCAUCUGCUCCGCCGUCUAGGGGUCAUCCAGCACUGUCCCUAUGCAAACGCCAUCUACAAUGCCCGGCGAGUGACAAUGGCCCUCGUCAGCCUCAACAGCUGUCUGGACCCCCUGCUCUACUACUUCACCACCAGUCACUGUAAGUGGAGUCCCUCCAAGGCCAGGUUCAGAUGGCUGUGGGAUAGGAGGACCAUGGGAGUCUACACCAUCGCUGUGAGACCGUGAUGCUUUUGCUUGCUCUGACUAAUGAAAAUGACAUGCAUUUUAUGUUCCGCUGAUAAACUCUGAAGGCUCGUGGUGAAGCAUUGUUUUCCUUACCGUGUACUGUAAACCACCAAUUAUUUUGUAUACCUUUACAUGUACGCCAUGUAAAUAUAGCAUUUACAUCUUCCCUUAUGUGUUAUUUCAUAGUUUUGAUGUCUUCACUAUUAUUCUACAAUGUAGAAAAGAGUACAAAUAAAGAAAAACCCUGGAAUGAG